AUGGGUUCUACACUGGAUUAUGGAUUUCUCUUCCAGGAAACAAAAGUAAAGCUGAAAUUCGAUUGCUUUUCAGAGUGGGAACUCGUGCCUGCAGGUGUUCCUCUGGGCACAAAAUUGGGGCAUUGGCUAUUUUUGAUAAUGAUUAACGAUCUCAGGUUACCAAAUAAUGAAAUGUGGAAAUUCGUGAACGAUACCACUGUUAGUGAAGUAAUUGAGAAAGAUCAAACAAGUAACUUACAAAACCAAAUGGACACAUUAGCGAACAGCAUCUCGUGUGAUAAAUUCCAGUUAAAUGAAACCAAAUGUAAAGAGAUGCAAAUUUCUUUUGGAUCUAAUACCAAUGACCUUCAACCAAUUACUAUCAAUAACAUUACACUGGAUAUUGUCCAACACGCGAAAGUUUUGGGAAUGUUUAUAGCCAGUAACCUUAAGUGGAACAUCCACGUAAAUGAAAUAAUUAAGAAAUGCCGUAAACGCCUCUAUUAUCUUAUUCAACUAGAACGAGCAAAUAUCGAAGUCAAGGAAUUGCUCCAAUUUUACAAAACGUGUAUAAGACCUGUCUUGGAGUAUGCUCUUGGAGUAUGCAACGCUGAACAGCGUUGUUUCAGAAGAUAG